AUUGUACAUGUGACAAAAAAUGAUAAUAAUUGAAUUGAAUAAUUUUUCGUAAAUUAAAUCACUUUAUUCAUUUAAAUAUUAAAUAAAAGUUAUUGAGCUAUUGAGCCGAUGAUACUUUAUGCUUGUCCUGUGUGGAGAAGUGUUUUAUGCAACGUUACAAAGCGGAACCGGUUAUUGAGUUUACAACGUCGCUUUGCCAUUGGUAUGAUUCGAGCGUAUCGAACUGUGUCGUUGGAAGCAUCUUUGGUGAUUGCUAAUAUUGUUCCAAUUGAUUUAAAAAUUCAGUAUUGGUCAGAAGUUUUUGAUGCUAAAAAUUAUCCUUCUUUGAUGUUUGGUUCUUAUCAAUUACCAUUAAAAUAUGCUUAUACAAUUCAUCCGGCUUUGAUCACCUCUUUUGAUGUCCACGGAAUUGAUGGCAAUAUGGAAUUUUGUUGUGUUUCGCAUAAUUAUUAUAUUUUUACGGAUGGCUCAAAAAUUGAUGGAUUGGUCGGUGCAUCUUUUGUGGCAUUUUAUCGAAAUGAUUGUAGACCGGUAGCUGUUCAAUCUUUUCGUUUAGCUGAUCAAUGUACUGUCUUUCAGGCGGAAAUUCUUGCCAUUAAAAAGGCCUUUGAAUGGAUUGUUGCAAAUAAUAUUGUUGAUGUUCAGAUUAUUUCCGAUUCGAAAUCUGCAAUUCAAUCUAUAUGUAAAAUUUAUUCGUAUAACCGUAUUGUUCAGGAGAUUUUCCGGACUAUUGUUGGUUAUUGUAAUCAUUUAUGUUUUGCUUGGACAAGAUCACAUUCUGGCAACUAUGGAAAUGAUCUUGCCGAUUUUUAUGCAAAAAAGGCUACUCUUUUGCCGAUUAUUGAUUAUGAUCAACUAUCGUUUACUAAUGUCUAUCGUAAUUUUCAAUCUAAUAUGUAUGGAAAUUGGCAACAAAGUUGGGAUGUCGCUAUGAAUGGUCGAAUUACAAAAAUGUUUUUCCCAACUAUCCAAUCGCGAUUAAAGUCUAAAUUACAGCCAAAUUUUGUUGUUACACAGUUUGUUUCGAAUCAUGGAAAAUUUGGUGAAUAUCUAUCUCGUUUUGGCCAGAAUAAUUCUAGUUGUUCAUUUUGUUUAUCAUCGAUGCAGUCCUCGUUGCACUUGUUGCUCGAGUGUCCUGCUUUCAAUUUGGAAAGAUCCCGAUUCAUGAUUAAUGCCAAAUUUAAUAAUGUUGAUGUGUCGGCGUGGCUCCAAGAUGAAGCUUUGCCAUUGUUUUUGGUUUACAUUAAUUUUAUUUAUUCUAGUUUAAUUAUGCAAUAAUUGUUUCUUUCCUUUUGUACUAUUUUUGGUUUUGUAUUUUUCUUAAAUACCCUUGUAUUUAUAUGGAGCAAGGGUUUUCUUGUUUUUGUAAUAAUAAAUAAAUAAUAAUAAUAAUAAUUAAAUAAAAGUUAAGUUAUAAAAUCAUAACUAUUUUAGUCGUAAAAUUUAAAUUCUUAUAUGUCAAGAAGCAUUCGACGAUGAGCGAAAACAGAUUCGAAAAUAGUUUUGAAUUUGGUCAACAAAUGAGUUAUUAUGGAAUCAAGAAUCAAAAUUCUCCAUUGGAUAUUCUUCUAUAAAUUUUUUUAGAGUUGAAUUUGACUGUGAUAAGUCAUUGAUUUCUUUAUAUGAAUCACGAACCGAUUCGUAUGCAUCGAGUAUUAUGGCAACGAGACUAUCACAUAUAUGGACAAUGAAAUGAAAAGAUAAAGAUAAAUGCGACUAAACCACCAUAUAAGACUUUUUCACAU